AUGUAUCGUAAUAUAAGCAUCAUGCUGCUCGUACUUUUCGCCGUGGUUCUUAUUCUACCGACAUUUCAAGGCGAGGGAUUUUCGUCUGGGGUUAGACAUCACUGCAACCAUGAUAUUGAUCCAGCCGGAGAAAUAUAUUGCAAACUCCAUGGAUCUCAGGGUGUUACUGGUUAUUCUUUAACACGGUGCCUAGUGGGAUGCUCUAAUCGUUCCCAGACGCUGCGGAUGCCAAGGAACGUUUGCCCCGACGGCGGUCUGACCUGCAAUGAAAAAACGAGGGAAACACUCACACAAUGGAGGGACGACAUGCAGAAGAGGAAACAGUUGAUUGUGGAUGAUUGGUGCCGUGGUUAA